CAUUCGGAGAUAUUUCAACUAAAAUUAACCAUUAAUGGAUAAGAAACUGAAUAAAUAUCUUAUUCCAAAUUCCAAACAUCCCUCUAAAGGGAACCCUCUCCUCUUCCAGUCAAGUGGGUUCUUUUUUUGUUUCACUGCCGCCCCCGACACAACCAGAGCCGCCCGCAGCUGCAAAAAUGGAACCACAGCUCCCUACUAUUAAAAACGUCUUCGUUAACGAAACUGAUGAUGACGACCGUCCAGCCCUUAGCUCUCAUGCACUAGCAGCCCUCAAAGAGUUCCUCGAAGAACAAAGGCAAUCUCCUGCUAACCAUGAAACAGCAGAAAAUGGGGAGGGAGCACUUGAACCCGAGAGUGAAGUGGAUUUAGUAACAGAAGAUUGGAGGCUGAGCCAAUUCUGGUACGACCCAGAAACAGCCCGGACCCUUUCCCAAGAAGUUCUUUCUCUUUGCAGCCAUUCCAAUUGUAAAGUAGCUUGUAUUGCUUGCCCAACUCUCUAUGCCUAUCUUAAGAAAAUUGAUCCUAAUAUCUCUGUGCAACUUUUGGAGUAUGAUAAGCGUUUUGAGCAAUAUGGAAGUGAUUUCACAUUUUAUGAUUACAACCAACCCAAAGACCUGCCAUUGGAACUAAAGCAUACUUACCAAGUUGUAAUUGCCGAUCCUCCUUAUCUGAGCAAGGAGUGUUUAGAGAAAGUUACUCAAACAAUAUCUUUUCUUGCUCAACCACAAGAAUCUCACUUGCUGUUGCUUACGGGAGAGGUGCAGAGGGAUAGAGCUGCAGAGCUUUUGGGUUUGCGUGCAUGCAAUUUUUGGCCACGACACUCAAGCAAACUUGGAAAUGAGUUUCGGGUGUUCACAAACUAUGACCCUGGGGAGAGAUUAGGAGGAUGGGAGCAACAAUAGGUGCCUUUUUCUUGCCAUCGUUUGCAGGAAUAGUUUCUCAUGGAUGAGCUUCAUGCAACCUAAUUUGUAUCCAUUAUCAAGGCAUUUCCAACACUUACCCUUGGACAAAUUAACCAGCUUUUCUGCUCAUUUUCCCUGGGAAAACAUGCAGAUGAGCAUUCUUUAAAACUCAGAACCCUGCACUGUCUUUGCCUGAUGAUUUGAGAUUCAAGAUCCAAAUCUUAUAAUGGUGUACUUUGUGACCGCAGAUUGAUGUGCUAAGAAACAGAAUAUGCAUAUCCUACUUGUCUUCAAUACAAGGACCAAUACCAUGGUUGUCAGCUUAAA